UACAUGAUUAAUUAUAUUUUAACGCAGUAAUGGGUUCAUUUAUCACAAACGGUAAUGCGUGCCAGUGAAGGCAUCACACGCAAUGCAUCAUGGGAGCCGUCACUCAUACGGCAGCCAUGGCAACAUUAGCUGUUUAUCUAACGUAGCACCCUACUAACACGGAUCUAUUAAAAUAACACCAAUGCUAUAAUUUAGACUCUCGUUGCUAGCUUUCCAUUUAAAAGACGAGAGUUUAUAUGAAGUGCAGUUAUCAGCACAUUAGCAGGCGAGCUAACGUGUUAGCUAGCAGUCGAGCCUACGAGUAAUGUGGCAUUCAACGUAAGGGUAAAUUUAAAAUUCGAAUUAUGUAGGACCUUUGCGUUAAGUUUAUGUCCUUAAAAUGUAUUUGAUAGUAGUCAAAGUGUUUAUUAAAUUUUUCUUUUUGUGUUUGAAAAUAUUUGACUUCAUUGUAACAAGGUCAUGGUUUAUUAAACAAUCACAACUGUGGUACGCGUGCACUCCAUUCCGAGUGUAGGUGAAUGCAUCACGCGCAAUGCAUCACGGGGUCUGUCACUCACAAGGCAUCCGUGGCAACUACAUAUGUCAAUGGGCAGUAGACGGCGGAAAGCACAAGUGUGCCCUCUUUCGCAUGAACUUUUCGUCGCUUUUAAAAAAUUUUUUUUUAUUAUUAUUAUUUUUUUAAUUAAAAGAAACGUGCUUCUGGUGACACUUGUUUCCGUUAGGUGAAGUCCGCGAGUCACGGAAGUUAAGCGACAAUGAAGCAGUUUACUCGUUGAAACAAAGCCCCCCUUCCCCCACCCCCCCCAAAAAAAGAAAAGACUUGUCGGUCAUGAACAAGUAGCCAUGUUUGCUAUCCAACGAUACUACGAUAGCUGACGAAAGUUGACUCGAUCCGAGUUAUUCCUUCUUUCCGGCCCUCCGCUGUCAUGUCCGCGGGGAAAGUGCCCGCAGACGCGUGUGGGAGCGGCUUGCUGCGAGGCGGCGGCGGCCGUAGCAGCAGGUCCUACGGCAGCCUGGUCCGGUCCAAUCUUUCCCCAGUCCGACGGAGACACGUCGAACACCGCAUCCAGCCCGGCGAAACUCUCCAAGGUCUCGCUCUCAAAUAUGGAGUCACUAUGGAGCAAAUCAAACGAGUCAACCGCUUGUACACCAACGACUCCAUCUUCCUGAAGAAGUCCUUGACCAUUCCUGUGCCGUCACGCCCGGACGCUCACACUGGCGCUACCGACGCUGACGAUGAGGAUGACGAUGUCGAUGAAGGUGCACGUUUGGGCGGCGAAGUGCUCCGGACUGAUAAGGUCCUGACGGCGAGCCCCUCUCGGACCGCCAGAGAGCUGACGGCGAGGGACUUCUUCAGCCGAUUGGACGGAUUCAUCAACGAGUCCAAGCAGGCGGCCGCCAGAAGAUGGCAGGACGCAGAGAAGAGGCUGGCUGACCUGGAGGCGGUUUGCUCCAGCAGGACAAGCGAGCCUCCGCGGUCACCUUCAGGGAAGCGCCAGCGGCCGCCGCUGCCCGCCACCGCUGUGCCGCUCACCACCACCAAGCUCACCUUGAAGCUGAGGGAGCGGGAAGACGACAUAUUUGAGCUGUGAAGCAACAACCCUUAACGUAGUGUAACACUGAACCCUGGUAUGCUUUUGAAUACAUUUUUUAACACUAUUUAAUCCAUAUGUAUAGGUGCAUAUGAACUAUGUGCGACAUAUCACAUGGACACAAGUCACAUGUUGGUGGUCAAGAAACCCGUGUGAAGCGGCCUCACAAGCCCAACAUGCAACAAUAGGCAAUAUUGUUCUACACUUAUUAACUUAUUCACUCCAGCAGUUGAAACUUGGGUAGAGAACACAGAUGAGAAUGAUUGUAUGAUUCAUUUAUGUAAUCUUGUUACGAGGAAGGAGCGUGAUCAUUUUGUUUAUGUAGCUUUUGUAAGGUUUCUUAAAUAUUUUGUGUUUAAAUAAAAACUCCAAACUGCA